AUGUCCGCAGAAUCUCUCCCCAUCAACCCCUCCGCCUUCGCCGAAGCCAUCAAGGAACUCUCCCUCCCCUCCAUCUACGCAAAAGCCUCCGAGCUCAAGAACUCAAUCGUCCACCUACAGCGCUCCAACACCGAACUCCAGACCUUCGUGUCUGAGUCUUGCGAGACCGAGACCGAGAAGCAAGAGCUGCAAGGGUACAUUGCUGAGAACGAGGGUGUGGUUGAGGCGAUGAAUGCGCGGAUUCAACUGCUGAAGACCGAGGUGGAGAAUCGUGGACAGCGGUGGAUAGAGCUUGACGAGACCGAA